GGGAUGGAGAAGGAGAAGGGGAAGCUUAUGCCACUGAUUCUCCAGUUGCUGAAGCUGUGUGUCAUUGGCUUUGUUUUCAGUGUUCAAGGAUCUACAGGGCUUGAUAUCUCUCCCUCUCCAGCGAUUCUUUCUGUGAUUCCUCCUGUAGAAGGAACACCUGGUAAUUCAUUGAGAAGUAAUGCCCAGAGCCCAGCAUCUCAGCCAAAUGGGUCAAAUUUAUACCCUCCUAUAAUACCUCCUAUUGCAUCACCUCCAGUGCCCCAAAUGGUUUCAGGUCUUGCACCUUCAUUGUCACCAAGUACUCCAGUAGACUUGCCGCCACACAGUUCUGCUCCUCCGCCCAUAGUCUUUCAAGGACAUGAACCAUCCUUGCCUCCGGUUACUCCUCUAAUAUCACCUCCAUUUACUAUGGCCACUCCACCAUCUUUUCCACCAAGAAUUCCAGCAGUGUCAACACCAUCCAGUAUGGCUCCACCACCCUUAAUUGUCCAUGGACUAGUACCAUCUAUGCUGCAAAGUGCUCCUCCAGGGAAGGCACCAGUUAGAAAGAGUCCUGUCUCACUACCAGGUGCUCCAGUUGCUACCCCUUUGAGGAAUUCACCACAACCUUCACCAUUGAUCCCUGCAAGAACACCAGGAGCUUUGCCACCGAUUCCUCAUGAAAGAAAUGCAUCAAAUAAUAAGGCUCCAAAUGCAGAGCCAACUGGUCCAGUUGCUACCCCUUUGAGGAAUUCACCACAACCUUCACCAUUGAUCCCAGCAAGAACACCAGGAGCUUUGCCACCAAUUACUCAUGAAAGAAAUGCAUCAAAUAAUAAGGCUCCAACUGCAGAGCCAACUGGUCCAGUUCCAUUGCCAACAAGGAUAUCAAGACAAAAGUCACCAAUGGUCCACCCAACUAUUCCAAGAAUGACACCAUCCCCAUUACCUGUACCAGUUCCAUCACCAACCGGAAAAUUGCCAGAAAUUUCACCAGCUAUCCACCCGGUUAUGCCUGGGGAAUCUCCAUCUGUUCUACCAGAUCCUGAUGUUCCUCCUCCAUCAGCUCCACCCUCGGGCAUUGACAGGAAAAAAGGUGGAGUACCAGUUGCUGAACCUCCAUAUGAAAUACCCAAGCCAUUACAACCUGUGAGCCAUUCCCCAACUAAAGGAUAUCAGGCUCCUGCAUCUUCACCUUCAGCCUCAAUUCAUAAGCAUCAUCAUACGAGGAACAAAAUUGUCAGCCCUCCUUCGUCAUAUUUUAUUUCUCCUACCGCUUCAAUACAGCAAGGUCCGGCACUCCCUCCAGUAUUUGUUCCUAUUAGCAGGAGAAGGCACCAUGCUUCUCCACCCAUUAAUCCAGUUUACCCAUCGCAUUCCCCUUCCCCUUCAUCAGUCAGUCAUGUACCAGCUGCUCCACCACCAUCUCCAGUUGUGGCAUCUGUCCAAACUGGAAUGCCUGUUUUUCCCCCUAAAGUUUCUCCUUCUGGGCCUUCAACGAAGCAUCCAAAAGUGCCGGUUCUGCCACCUAUUCAUACAUUACCACCACCACCUCCUAAUGAAGAUUGUUCAGCAACUAUUUGCACAGAGCCAUAUACAAAUACUCCUCCUGGAUCACCAUGUGGCUGUGUCUGGCCCAUGCAAGUUGGACUGCGCCUUAGUGUUGCACUGUAUACUUUCUUUCCCUUGGUUUCGGAGCUAGCUGCGGAAAUUGCUUCUGGGGUUUUUAUGAAACAAAGCCAAGUACGAAUUAUGGGAGCCAAUGCUGCAAGUCAGCAACCUGAGAAGACAGUCGUCCUUAUUGAUUUGGUACCCCUUGGAGAAAAAUUUGAUAAUACCACAGCCUUAUUGACCUAUCACAGAUUUUGGCACAAACAAAUCCUUAUAAAAUCUUCAUACUUCGGUGAUUAUGAAGUAUUAUAUGUGCACUACCCCGGUUUACCUCCAUCACCGCCUUCAGCAUCUUCCGACAUUACGAUAAUUGAUGAUGGGCCAUAUUCUGGAAAUAAUGGGAGGGCAAUAAAGCCUGAAGGGGUCAAUGUACCAAAGAGACAAAAAAAACAUGGGCUCAGUGGUGGCACAAUUGCUAUUGUUGUUCUGUCAGCCUUUGUAGCUGUUGUUUUAUGUUCUGCCGUUGCUUGGGUUUUAUUGUCCAAAUAUAGAGGUCGUGAUAGUCAAAGGGUGGUAGCUCCACAAACUUUGCAAUCAUCCCAUGCAAAAGCAUCAGAUGAUAGAAGAAAGCAUAAAUUUACAGGUGCUACUGGGUCAACAAUUGGCAGUGGUCUAGACUCUGCUUCCCUUUCAUUUGGAUCUAGCAUUGCAACUUAUACAGGAUCUGCCAAGACUUUUACUGCAAAUGACAUAGAGAAAGCCACUUGCAAUUUUGAUUCUUCAAAAAUACUAGGGGAAGGUGGCUUUGGGCGUGUUUAUAGUGGUGUUCUUGAAGAUGGAACCAAAGUGGCUGUCAAAGUUCUAAAGAGAGAUGAUCAACAAGGAGGCCGGGAAUUCUUGGCUGAAGUUGAGAUGCUUAGUCGCUUGCAUCACAGAAAUUUGGUUAAGUUGAUUGGUAUAUGUAUUGAGGAGCACGCCCGCUGCUUGGUUUACGAACUCAUCCCAAAUGGCAGUGUUGAAUCCCAUUUACAUGGAGUUGACAAGGAAUCUGCUCCCCUUGGUUGGGACGCCCGCUUAAAGAUUGCACUUGGUUCUGCUCGUGGUCUAGCUUAUCUGCAUGAGGAUUCAAGCCCUCGUGUCAUACACAGGGACUUCAAGGCCAGCAACAUCUUGUUGGAACAUGAUUUCACUCCAAAAGUAUCCGACUUUGGUUUGGCUCGAACCGCCUUGGACGAGGAAAGCAGACACAUAUCAACACGUGUAAUGGGAACAUUUGGGUAUGUGGCUCCUGAGUAUGCAAUGACAGGACAUCUUCUUGUGAAGAGUGACGUUUACAGCUAUGGUGUUGUUCUCCUUGAGCUCCUAACUGGUCGAAAACCAGUAGACAUGUCACAGCUUCCUGGCCAAGAGAAUCUGGUGGCAUGGGCCCGUCCACUCCUCACAAGCAGAGAAGGUUUGGAAACAAUUAUUGAUCCUUCUCUUGGAUCUGAUGUCCCUUUUGAUAGCGUGGCCAAAGUGGCAGCUAUUGCUUCAAUGUGUGUACAACGAGAGGUACAACACCGUCCUUUCAUGGGUGAGGUUGUGCAGGCCUUAAAAUUAGUAUGCAAUGAGUGUGAUGAGGCAAAGGAAGUGGGUUCAAGAAGUUCUAGCCAUGAUACCUUGUCCAUUGAUUUGGACGAAAGGGUCAGUACAGGCUCUGGACGAUUGCCUAAUCCUUUGCAGAGCCAUUACUCGGUUCCUAACUACAAUUAUGGCAUCGACUCUGAGAGAGGACUUCCAGUAUCAGAACUAUUCAGUUCAUCUGCAAGAUUCAGUAAGGAAGAAUCCGGUUCAUUUAGGAGAUGCUUGAGUUCAGGUCCGUCAAGAACAGGAAGGGGCAAACAGUUCUGGCAAAGAGUAAGGAGAUUAUCUGCAGGUAGUGUCAGUGAACAUGGUGGUGCAUUCAGGUUAUGGCCGGGCUCAUAUUGAAAACCAAAAAUAUAUAAAUUUGUGUAGAUUGACUUCCUCAGUCAAAAAUUUUGGACUCUCAUUAGCACUCUCAGUCAUUUUGUCCAUCCAAGCCAAGUAAAUGGAAAAAGAGGAAGGUGAUGGGGACUGCAGAUUUUUGUGCAGACAAAAGAAGGAGUGAAGUGAAAAUGGGAAGAGUGGGGGAAUGAAUAAGGUGAUGUUGAAAGAGAUAGAGAAAGAUAAAGGAAUGGAUUUUUUACUCAAAUGUACAGAAUAUAAUGUAUCAUGAAAGGAAAUGAAUACUUUUAGAAUAGUAAAAAAAUUUCAAGUAAUUAUGCUCUUUUAUUUAUAUAUUUUA